AUGGUGUAUGCUGGUUUGGUGCUGGUAGACUGUUGUUCCAUACUGGUGUAUGCUGGUCUAUGCUGGACAACCAGUAUAGAUGGAUGGAAGUUCUUAAUAUCUUCAUUCAAACAUUACUUCGGCCCUUUGUAUUGAGUUGUGGACCCCUACACAUGAUAACCCACACAGAAAGCUUUCUAGAUCUUCCAGACUUGGCAACUAUUCCAGUGGUAAUUCCUUGGAUUUUAAUGUAUUCCACCAACGUGUUGUUUUCUGUUGGUAUUCCAUUCAAGUAAUAACAGACAAUAGUUUCUGAUAGCCAGCCAGCCACUUGCAUGUGACACAUUGAACCAACAGGCACAAGGACCCAGCACAGUGGUUCUGGGCUGCCUCAGCCUGCAGGUUGUGUUUGUCCCAACAAGAGCACAUUCUUGUGUGCAAGUAUGGAGAAGUCUACAGUGUGUGCAUUUAUUGUUGCACUUGUGCAGGUCAACACCGUUUUGACUCAGGAAGCUGAACACAAUUUGACAGGGAUUUUUCCAAAACCAGGCCACUGCCCCCGGCUCCUUCAAGUGGUUCCAUCACACAAGGGGUGUACAUGUGAUGAAGACUGUCCUGCAGACCACAAAUGUUGUGUUUUUGACUGUGGAGCUGUUUGUGUCCCCCCUGCUUUCACCAAGCCAGGAGUGUGUCCUCGCAGACACUGGGGUUCUGGGUUGUGUGCUGAAUUUUGCUCUGAUGACAGCGACUGUCCCAAUAAGGACAAGUGUUGCCAUAACGGGUGCGGGCAUGAGUGCACUGCACCAUACAAAGUGAAGCCAGGCCGCUGCGCUCUGCCCCAAGGAACACAGAUGUGUGCAGAGUACUGCUACCAUGACGGGCAGUGUCCAGGAGAGCAGAAGUGCUGCAGGACAACUUGUGGGCAUGCCUGCAGCAAGCCCUGCUGAAUGGGCGGCCAGUGGCCACAUUCAAAAUAAGGCUAUUUAAAAGACCUUUAUAGGUGCUCUAACUGUUUACAAGUACUCAUUUAAAUCACAUUUAGGUCACAUCAUUUCCUUUGCAAUGUAUGUCAUUUCAGGUGGAAGUACUUUUAAAUAAAGAGGU